AAAGUCGGCGCUGACUUUCCGUCUGAUUAAUAAUAAUAAUAAUUCCCUUAAAAGUGAUUUCCCUUUCCUGAAAUGGGGAAUACGAGGAGGAGACGCUUAGACCAGAAGCUGCCCUUCCACCAAAGACUCCUCGGCGGUUUCCAAAACAGUUUCGGAUCACCGCUGGCCAAUGAAGCUCGUUUGUCCUCAAAAAAGGAUAAUGGCAUGUCCGACUUGGAAGCCUUCAUCAAUGUUUUAAAAUGUGGGUUUGGUACUGGCUGCUUGGCCAUGCCAUAUGCUUUUCUAAAUUCAGGUUGGUUAGUUGGUCUUAUAUGCACUUUUUCCCUGGGCUUCUUCGUUCUAUAUGCUAUGCAUAUUCUGCUUCAUCACAUUAAUAAUUUGGGUGUCCAACAUAAUAUGCCAAUGAUCAGUUAUCGAAAGGCAGUGGAACUGUCUAUCAGAAAAGGACCAUCAAUGUUUCAUUACCUGAGCAAGCCCUUUGGGUAUUUAGUGGAUGUCCUGCUAUGUGUCUAUCAUUUUGGCGUGGACUGUGUCUAUGUGGUUUUCAUUGCCAAGAGUUUAAAGCAUCUGGGGGAUAUGUAUUUGUGGGUCUGGGAUGAGAGGCUCUAUAUGGCAUUGAUAGCCUCUCCACUGAUCCUAACAUUUUUGAUUCGGGAUCUUAAAAGCCUUGUGCCGUUCGCAAUAAUAUCCAACUUUCUUUUAAUAACAGGCUAUUUUAUCAUUUUAAACUACCUAUUUCGGGAUCUCCCUGAGUUUGAACAUCUUCAUGCCAUUCAGCCGCUGAGAAACUUUCCCAUAUUUUUUGGCACUGUACUUUUUUCCAUUGAAUCUGUUGGAAUCCUUUCCCUCGGUCGAAGUAUGCGAAACCCGAAAAACUUGAUGGGAACCGGCGGAGUUCUAAAUCAAGGCAUGAUCGUAGUAAUUAGCUUCUAUGCUAUCUUCGGCUUCUUUGGAUAUUGGCGAUAUGGCGAAAAUACAUCCAAUUCGAUUCUGCAGAAUAUGCCUCAAAACGAUUUCUUUCCAAAAUUCGCGACUGGCAUGUUUGCUCUCGCAAUAUUCUUUAGUUAUGCCCUCCAAGGAUACGUAACUGUGGACAUUAUCUGGCGGAAUUACUUGGAACCGGAAUUGGAGGACAGAUAUUUACAAACGGUGGAGUUCCUGCUGAGAAUUGCGCUGGUAAUCGCAUCCGUGCUGGUGGCCAUCCAGUAUCCGGACUUUAGCCUUUUGCUAUCCUUCGUGGGAUCAUUUUGCUUGGCCCAACUGGGUCUGAUCCUGCCGGGAAUCGUGGACAUCUGCCUUCGCUAUGAGGAGGACUACGGUCCUGGCAGGAUCUUUCUCAUCCGAUCCAUGCUAUUUAUUUGUAUGGGCUUCGCUGGCGGAGUAGCUGGUACAGUGGUAACCCUACAAACACUCUACGCUCGCUAUCCGGUUGUAAGAAGAUAGUUAUAGGUGCUGUAUAUUUAAUUUAUAAUAUUUAAAAAUGUAUAUAUUAAUA